CCCCGCCCCCCUUGCCCCUACCCAGCCCGUAGUAGUUCCCCAGCGGGCUCCCGGGGAGACCGGGAACAUGGCGCUGGGAGCGAUGUAGCAGCUGAGGAGAGGCUGAGGCACCGCCGCUUCGCUGACAGCCGGCCACCAGGUGCAGUGUGGGUACCCCACAAAGAAGAUACUUUUUGGAGCCAGAAGUGACGUGUCAGGAAGAGUGUGGCUUUUCAGCUUGAUCCUCAUAUACCAGCAGGAAUUUUGAAAGGAAGGUCCCAUUUUCUCAGAAAUACACCGUGGUGAAAUAUUUCCACCUCUUGCCAAAAUGAACACUGAGAAAAAAUGAAGAAGGCUGACAAACACCAAUGAAAAGUUACAGAAUAGAAAUAGCCACACUUUUCUGGAGUCUUUAAUUCAUCUACAGCCAUCAUAUAAAGAUUUUGGCAUCAUGUUUGGGAAGAAAAAGAAAAAGAUUGAAAUAUCUGGCCCAUCCAACUUUGAACACAGGGUUCAUACUGGGUUUGAUCCACAAGAGCAGAAGUUUACCGGCCUUCCACAGCAAUGGCACAGCCUGUUAGCAGAUACGGCCAACAGGCCAAAGCCUAUGGUGGACCCUUCAUGUAUUACACCCAUACAGCUGGCUCCUAUGAAGACAAUCGUUAGAGGAAACAAACCGUGCAAGGAAACCUCCAUCAAUGGCCUGCUAGAGGAUUUCGACAACAUCUCGGUGACUCGCUCCAACUCCCUAAGGAAAGAAAGCCCACCCACCCCAGAUCAGGGAGCCUCCAGCCACGGUCCAGGCCACGUGGAAGAAAACGGCUUCAUCACCUUCUCCCAGUAUUCCAGCGAAUCCGAUACUACUGCUGACUACACAACUGAAAAGUACAGAGAGAAGAGUCUCUAUGGAGACGACCUGGAUCCGUAUUACAGAGGCAGCCAUGCAGCCAAGCAAAAUGGGCAUGUAAUGAAAAUGAAGCACGGGGAAGCCUACUAUUCUGAGAUGAAGCCUUUUAAAUCAGAUUUUGCCAGAUUUUCUGCAGAUUAUCACUCACAUUUGGACUCACUGAGCAAACCAAGUGAGUAUAGUGACCUCAAGUGGGAGUAUCAGAGAGCCUCGAGUAGCUCCCAUCUGGAUUAUUCAUUCCAAUUCACACCUUCUAGAACUGCAGGGACCAGUGGGUGCUCCAAGGAGAGCCUGGCCUACAGUGAAAGUGAAUGGGGACCCAGCCUGGAUGACUAUGACAGGAGGCCAAAGUCAUCGUACCUAAAUCAGACGAGCCCUCAGCCCACCAUGCGGCAGAGGUCCAGGUCAGGCUCGGGGCUCCAGGAACCGAUGAUGCCAUUUGGAGCAAGUGCAUUUAAAACCCAUCCCCAAGGACACUCCUACAACUCCUACACCUACCCUCGCUUGUCCGAGCCCACAAUGUGCAUUCCAAAGGUGGAUUACGAUCGAGCACAGAUGGUCCUCAGCCCUCCACUGUCAGGGUCUGACACCUACCCCAGGGGCCCUGCCAAACUACCUCAAAGUCAAAGCAAAGCAGGCUAUUCCUCAAGCAGCCACCAGUAUCCGGCUGGGUACCACAAAGCCACCUUGUACCACCACCCUUCCCUGCAGAGCAGUUCGCAGUACAUCUCCACGGCUUCCUACCUGAGCUCCCUCAGCCUCUCAUCCAGCACCUACCCGCCGCCCAGCUGGGGCUCCUCCUCUGACCAGCAGCCCUCCAGGGUGUCCCAUGAACAGUUUCGGGCAGCCCUGCAGCUGGUGGUCAGCCCAGGAGACCCCAGGGAAUACUUGGACAACUUUAUCAAAAUCGGGGAAGGCUCAACCGGCAUCGUGUGCAUCGCCACCGAGAAACACACAGGGAAACAAGUUGCAGUGAAGAAAAUGGACCUCCGGAAGCAACAGAGACGGGAACUGCUUUUUAAUGAGGUCGUGAUCAUGCGGGAUUACCACCAUGACAAUGUGGUUGACAUGUACAACAGCUACCUUGUUGGUGAUGAGCUCUGGGUGGUCAUGGAGUUUCUAGAAGGUGGUGCCUUGACAGACAUCGUGACUCACACCAGAAUGAAUGAAGAACAGAUAGCUACUGUCUGCCUGUCAGUUCUGAGAGCUCUCUCCUACCUUCAUAACCAAGGAGUGAUUCACAGGGACAUAAAAAGUGACUCCAUCCUCCUGACAAGUGAUGGCCGGAUAAAGUUAUCUGAUUUUGGUUUCUGUGCUCAAGUUUCCAAAGAAGUGCCAAAGAGGAAAUCAUUGGUUGGCACUCCCUACUGGAUGGCUCCUGAGGUGAUUUCUAGGCUACCUUAUGGGACAGAGGUGGACAUCUGGUCCCUCGGGAUCAUGGUGAUUGAAAUGAUCGAUGGCGAGCCCCCUUACUUCAAUGAGCCCCCUCUCCAGGCGAUGCGGAGGAUCAGGGACAGUUUACCUCCAAGAGUGAAGGACCUACACAAGGUUUCUUCAGUGCUCCGGGGAUUUCUAGACCUGAUGUUGGUGAGGGAGCCCUCUCAGAGAGCAACAGCACAGGAACUCCUUGGACAUCCAUUUUUAAAACUAGCAGGUCCACCAUCUUGCAUCGUCCCCCUCAUGAGACAAUACAGACAUCACUGAGCAGAAGAUUCAUGUAGGUGGCAAAGCUAGAUGAGGACAUGAGAAUAAUUCAGGAGAACAAAAGGAAACAUAGAACAUGCAAAAGGCCUGUGCAUUCUAGACCAGCCAAUUGGUGGGACAGUGUGAUGACCGGCAGGGUUUGACAGACCAGGGCAUCUUCUUGUGUCUUAAAUAGGCAUCUCUCCACUGAGAGCUGGCGUGGUCUUUUGGAGCACGGCAUUAAUAAGUCUUUAUUAUAUUUUUCAGCCCUUCGUCCAGCAAAUCAGAAGGACUCCAUACAAACUCCGUUACGAUAUAUCCUAGCCACAUGCAGGGUAACACGUAGGAUUUUCUAUAUUGAAAGAAUACUUUUCUGGCAAAAAAAAAAAAAAAAGAAAGAAAGGAAAACAAAAAGCACUUUUUUCUUAAUGGUAGCAGUAUAAUGUAUUUUGCAACGAAUUUGUAAUUUUUCUGUACGAUAGUUUUGAUAAUUUAUAGUACUUUGAUGUCAUGUAGCCAUUGUAUCAGUUGAAGUAAUACUUGUUUACUAGCAGGAGUUUGAACAAAGCCUUUCCUACUUUUUUAUCCCUUUAAGAGAACCAAUGAUUCUUUAGGAACUUUGAAUACUGAAUGACUCUCAAUCACCGUCAGCUUUAGUAAAAUAUCUUUCUUAUCCUAACAAGUGUCUUAUUUGGUGGAAGAAGAAUUAAGAGUGAUGGUGAUAGUGUGCACAUUUCAUUAAUCCAACCAAAAAUAAUGAAAUAAAAUUUGAGCCACAGUAUACCACUCCUUGGGAAUAAAGCUAAAUAUUUUUAAAAAUCACGUUUUCCAUCAAGGCCUCUAGUAGCAAACCAUUUUUUGCACACCACUGUUUCCCUCAGUGCCCUUUCUCAAAUGGGUACAAUGUUCCCCUGUGGCCAAAUUUCCCUCCCAGGGAGCAAUUUCAGUGCUAGGAUCAUUGGACUCAGUUCCCCAGAUAGAAUGUUUCAGUGAGACCAUGAGAAUUCCAGGCUCACAAAGGGAGAGGAGAGAACAGGGCAAGACGUUUGGUUUUGUUUGUCACCGUUUUUAAAACUCUGUAUGCUAGCACACCAAACUCUUGUCUGUAUUUACCUUUGUACCACAAUAUUAAUCGCUAUUGUUCAUGUAUUGUGCUGGAAGUCUGAACUGACUCUAGAGGAUGAAUUAGCAAGAGGGUAUUUUACCAGGUGUGAUCUGACUUCAGUUGUGCCCAUGUUAUAAUGUGUUCCCGACAUAGGAGAGUCGUGCUGCUGUCUAGAUCUUCUUGAAUGUUGAUAAAAAUGAAUGACUACUACAAUACAUUUUGUGUUGCUUGUUGGAUGAAUUUGCAUGUUAACUGUAGGCCAAUAUAGAUUUGCCUUUAAAACUCUGGAAGAGCUACAUAGUCAUCAUUAGUUUCUAUUAAUUAUGCAUCAGAAAAAAGCCAUUUGUUACCAACCUGGAAAAACAGAGGCUUUUCUUAACUAUUUCACAUACUGUAACAAAUAUGAAUUGAAAUUUGUGAUAGCACUCUGGCUGCUCUAAGCAUAAUUAAGAAUUUUUGUAACUAAUAGGUUGCUAAUUAUUUAUUACUGCUAAAAAGGAACAAAGGCAUAAAAUGACCUUCUACUGAUUAGAUUUUCAGUUUUCCUUCAAACUGGAAAUGCCUCCAUAAAUAGGAUCUAUGAUUUUGUUUCAUAAAACACAGCAAAUCAAUGUUUUAUGUAAAAUAUUAAAGUAUUAAUAUAAAUAUGUAAGAAUAAAAACAAUCUAAAUCCAGAAAAUGGCAGUCCUAAGUGUUCAUGAGACAGAUUGUAUUAAUUUAACCAGGACUAUGUAGAAGUAGAAAGAAAAAAAAAAGAAAAUCUUUUUAAACCAGAACAAACAUUAAAAACUAUUGCAGAAAAUAGUGGAUUUUGGAUUCCAAACAUUUUUGACAGUGUAAUGGAAAUUUUUCUGUAAUUUUCUUACCAUCAGAUAUUUUUUAAAGUAUUCAUUAAGUUUACCAAAAGUUACUGUAGCUUAAAAGGUUUUGUGAGCACUAACUAUUGGCAGAAACUGCAUUUGCAAAUAAAAAUAAAUGUUUGCCUUUUC